UCGGAGGUUCGAGUCCUCUCUCGGGCAUGGGGCAUGAAGAACACAGAAAUGUUUUAGUGAAAGGUAACGUCUGGAAAGCUAUAGCACAAGAGUUAAAUAAAACAAGUGAUGACUUUAAGAAGAUGUGGAAAUUUUUAAGGGACCGUUACCAGAGGUUCAAGAAGGAAAGCAAAUUAGAAACGGGCUCUGCUGCCUCAAAAAAUUCAAAAACAAAAAGACACGAACAGCUAUCGUUCCUUGAUAGUGUUGCACAACACAGAUCUGGAGGAACAAAUAUUACAUUGACAUCAACACAGACAAUACAAGAAAGCCAAGAAGAGAGUGGAGAUAUCGAACUCAACUGGACCUUUCGGCAUCACAGGAAGAAGAUACGGCAGAAACACAUACAAUAGGAAGUAGUGGUGAAACGUCUGUGGUAAUAAACGAUGAACGUUAUGUGCCAGCAUGGAAAAGAAAACGCAGUAAGGUCGUAGUAAUGAUGAUACAAUAUUAAAAGUGUGGAAAGAAAGGGACGAAAUUAGGCAAAAUUAACUAAAAACGUUUAUGGAACACAAAGAUGAUGAUAUUUACUUAUUUUUCCGUCACAUCAGCACAGUUGUAAGGAGUUUACCUCCAGUUUAUAAGGCAGAAGCCAAAAGAAAAAUUAGUAUGAUUGUUUCUGAUCAUGAAAUAAUGGGUGCACAGUGAACACACAUCAGCCAAGUGAUAUCAGCAGCCCUUCAACCUCCACAACUCUCUCACAAAGUCUUGGAACUGUAGCACAAUCUAAUAAUGUAUAACAUUUUGUGGGCUUACCUCAGCGCCAAAUAUAAUUUUUCUUCUGCACUUAUUGCGUUUCUUAGGCACUGUGGCAUUAUGUCAUCUUGAAUAAAA